AAUUAAACUCAACAGCACACAAAGAUGGGAUUAACUUCAAAGUUAGAUAAAUUGAAAUUGUUGGGAUCAGCAGAGGAGCAUAUCAGCAAUGAUAGAAAGAACACAUCAACACAGAAUUCGGAUGAUAUUGAUGAAGUUGACAACGAGGGUCAAAACAUCUUACUAGGAAUCAUUGCUCAAUUGAGACCUGGAAUGGACUUGACUAAAAUUACCCUUCCAACUUUUAUAUUGGAAAAGAAGUCUAUGCUCGAAAGAAUCACCAAUUUUUUCCAAAUUCCUCAUUUAUUGUUAGAAGCUAAUAAUACUGCUGACCCUUUGCAAAGGUUUAUUGGUAUACUUCGAUGGUAUUUAGCUAGCUGGCAUAUUGCACCCAAAGCAGUUAAGAAACCGCUAAAUCCAGUUCUUGGGGAAGUAUUUUCAUGCUAUUGGGACAAUCUCGAAGAUGGAAAAUCUGCCUAUUAUAUUGCUGAACAAACUUCCCAUCACCCACCCAAAUCCUCAUAUUUUUACUUGAUUCCGUCCGAGAAGCUUAGAGUGGAUGGAGUGGUGAUUCCGAAAUCAAGAUUUUUAGGAAACUCAUCUGCAGCAAUUAUGGAGGGUAGUGGCCACGUAACACUUGGCAAGUGGGAAGAUGAAUUGUACGUCAUGAAUCAACCUAACGUGUACUGCAGAGGUAUUCUUUUUGGAACUAUGAGGACUGAACUUGGCGAUCGCAUGCACGUGAAAUGUGCUAAAACUGGAUUCGAGGCCGAAAUUGAGUUUAAAACCAAAGGGUUCAUAAGUGGAACAUAUGAUGCUAUUGAAGGAAUUGUAAAGAAUUCAGAAACCUCAGAGCAUUUGUAUCAAGUUUCUGGAAAGUGGAAUGAUGUGAUGGAAAUCAGAGAUCUUAAAACGGGAAAAAAGCAGAUACUCUUUGAUACAAACAAAUCAUCAACUUUGAAACCGAAGGUAAGACCACUUGAAGAACAAUGGGAAUUUGAAUCUCGCAAACUUUGGAAAAAUACCAUAGAUGCACUUGCGAAACGGGACCACACACUUGCAACAGAAGAGAAAUUCAAAGUCGAGAAUGAACAACGUCAGAGAGCCAAGAAGCGUGAAGAAGAGGGGGUCGAGUUUCACCCUAAACUUUUCAGACCAGUGGAUGACUCGGACCAAGGUGCCGAAGACCUUGAAUAUAUCAUCUACAAGAGGUUUAGUUUGAGCGACAGUCCUGAGACGUUGCAACAGCGGUUAUUUGACAUUGCGCCUAUUGUUCCUGGACAAAUGUUCAAGGAAAAAUUUCAUAUUCCUGCUUUUGAGAAGCACGAAGAGGUCUAGAUAGGAAUAAGUGGCGUUCAAUGGAUUAUAUAGAAUGAAUAGAACUGUUUCGCAGAAGCGGAACUUCUCUGAUAUUUUUGUUUACUAAUAUUAAGUUUGUUGUGUAAGUUUUAGAAUAAUGUACUGCAUAUAAUAAAAACUCGUUG